AUGCGCUUCGUAUUGUUGGUUGCGUUAUUGGUGGGGUUGGCUGCACUUACCCCGCCAUGUUCCACAUGCACUUGCCAUACCAAUCCACCAACUUGCAAGACUGAGCCACCCGCUUGCAGGACUACGCCACCCACUUGCAGGACUGAGCCACCUACUUGCAAAACUAAGCCUCCAUGCACCACUGUGCCACCAACUUGCAAGACUGAGCCACCAACUUGCAAGACUAAGCCUCCAUGCACCACUGUGCCACCAACUUGCAAGACUAAGCCUCCAUGCACCACUGUGCCACCAACUUGCAAGACUGAGCCACCAACUUGCAAGACUAAGCCACCUCCAUGCACCACCACUGUGCCACCAACUUGCAAAACUGAGCCACCUCCAUGCACCACCACUGUGCCACCUCGGUGCACCCCCACUGUGCCAACCGCUGCACCAUCUACGGUUCCCUGUGAAAAGACCACUGUCAAAUCACGUUGUACGAAGCGCACCAAGCGACCCCAUGGUAGGAAAACAACCAAGUGUCGUUCGAGUAGGAAAACCAGCAGACGAUCACCGUCCCGCUGCACCAAAAAGAUAGUUCAUCAUCAUCCGGCAACGAAAUCAGGAUCGGGAUGUGGAUGUGGAUCGAAAAAUGAAUCGGGAGGUGGAGGAAUCGGGUGUAUUUUGAAGGACCUGCUAACACCAAAGUGCCCCAACUCCCAACCGAAGCCUCAAGUGCCGUGCAAGCCUGCACCCAAAUGUAACCCCGAACCAAAACCAAAAGCCACAUCUAAACCAAAGCCAAACCCAAAGCCGUGUGGAUCCUCCAAGAAGCCCGGAAAAGCGCAGCCGAAACCAUGUGCCACCACCAAGAAAGCACGGAAGCCACAGCCACCGAAAAAAGGUUGCUAA